GUCCCCGAAAGAGCACGCGAGUAUCGGUCUCUUGUGUAAUCGAAGCCAAGAACGAGUAGUAGCGCGCUUUACCGGAUCCACUUUUAUGAACAUCGUCAAUGAGUCAUUUGUACCAGUACGGUUCAUCUUAAGUUUUGUUGUGAUGUAGUGGACUUUCAGUAUGUCAUAGUGAUCUUCGUCAUUUAUAAUCAAAUAUAUUAUCAAGAUGAAUACAAAAAAUAUUUUUCGUUGUUUAACUUUAGUGUUUUUUUCAUUACUUACAGUCGUGGGGGGUGCAAGAGAUGGUACAAGAGUAAAGCGCUUGCGCGCCGACAGUACAGCGGUUCGUGAGCCAGCUCAAGCGCUGGACGCACCAGAUCCGGAGUCGAAUACUGCGCCCGCGCCUACAGCCUUUAUUAAUCCUUCAGUAAAGGAAUAUCUUGAAUUGGGAAUGGCAAUACCUGGUAAACCAGGGACAGAUUAUCCUGUACUAGGGGCCGUUCCUUACACCAACUUCUAUUGUGAUGACCAAGCCUAUCCAGGUUUCUUUGCAGAUAUGGAAACACGUUGUCAAGCAUGGCAUUACUGUGACAUAGACGGUCGCCAAGCAUCAUUCCUUUGCCCGAAUGGUACAGUCUUCUCUCAAGGAGUCGCGUCCUGUGACUGGUGGUUCAACGUGAGAUGUUCACUAUCGCCUGCGCUGUAUCCCCUCAAUGCGAGGCUGUACCGACGGAGGAAGAAGCAAUCACGACCCAAACCGCAUAGGGUCAUAGACAAGAAGCUCAUUGAUGAAAUAUUUCUUUAAAAAUAACGAUAUAGAACUCAGUAAAAUAGAUAGAAUCGUUUAAGUAAUUUCAUUUUUCCAUUUUAUUAAAGCUCCAUUCAGUUUUUUUAUAAAUUAUUAUAUUAUAAAUGCUGAAGUCAUUCUGUCUGUCCGUUUCUUACCUUAACACGAGAAAAUUACUGAACCGAUCGUCGUAAAAUGACAAAGCGAUACCCUAGAAAUUGGGUAAGGCCAUAUUAAUAUAUUUGCUGCAAAGUCGCAGAUACCGGUUGGCUGACUGAUUUAGAUUUUUUGCUCUGUUACACGGUUUUCGAAAAACUUUCGGCACUUAUGCCAGUCAAGUGAUUUUUCAAUGAGCAAAAAGUUAUCCGUCAUUAAUUCAUAGUCGCUUUAUUUCGCGGAAACCAACCUUUUUACUAAGCACAAUGAUUUUUUUGUGACUGUAACUGUCUUUCUUAAGUUUGUUGUAUUUCUCUUUUAAGUUGUUAUUGAUAUUUUACUAUCGGAGACAACAUGGUAACCAAUAUCAAUUACUCAAUACCGAAUAAAUAUGACAACAGACUUUAAUUGUCACGUAACUUUUUCAGUACUUAAAUGAGAAUUAUGAACAAACGAUGUCAUUUACAUUUAAUUUAGAAUAGAAACAAAAACAAUAGUAUAUAAGUAUAAUACGAAAUGAGCAUUUAAAUAAAUCAGUUCUAACGAUUCUACAUCGAGAAUACAACUAUGUCGACAACGAAUAUUAGUGUAUUUUAGCUAAUUUCUACAAAUCUGAUUUAUUUUUUGUACAUUAUACAGUUUGUUGUGAAAUAAAUACAUUCUCAUUUACUUUAGACAUAUUAGAAUAUCGAAGUGUAAAUACAUUUUCUAUUAAAAUGACUAUAAGAUUCAUUGAGUUUUAACCCUCCUUACUAAAUUAAUAUACAAUAGAUACUGAAAUAUUAGGACUAUUCGGUGUGCCAAAAAUGUUAAUAUUUUAGAAAUCGUAUGACGGAAAAACUAUCCAAACCUCAUUUUUUUUCACUAUUGUCGGAAAUUAUUUUGUAAUAAUUUUUCCUAUGUACAGUUGGCUACAGAUAAUUGUGGUCAUCCACACAUGGCCAAAUAUAAUAAAUAUAAAAAAAUUCUCAAAAGGGGAUUUCAUUUGGAAAAGAUUUUCAUAAUGCAGGUUUAAUUAAAAUUUUGAAAAUAAUAUUGUUCUAGUCGGAGUCAAAGCCAUUGAAUUUAACAAAAAAUCAACCUGCCCAUUGGUAAUGCAUUAUUUUUGUUUAAUGUAUUUGUAAUUUCAUAAAAUAACUGUUUAUCAAAUAUAAAAAUUAUAUUGUAAUUAUAAUUUUUGUAAAAAUGGUACUUUCGUAUCUUUCAUUUCUUUGUAGAUCGCAAAAUAAAUUACCUGAUAUUUAUAUUAUAGUUUUUUGAAUCAGAAUACAAAAAUAACAGUAACAGUAGCAAAGAUAAACAUAUAGUUUAAUCUACUAGUAUAUAUAAAAAAUAAUGUCAUCUCUUCAAAUACAAGACAUAGAGAGUUGGAGGAGACCCUCGUUUUAUAAUGUAAUUAAAAAAAAAAACACGAAAUAUUCAUUUAAAAGGUGACGAGGGCCCUCUUCUUGGAUGUUUGAUGCCAUUACGUUUUUAAUUGAUGGAUACGCUCAACAAAAAAGACAAAAACGGUUUGUUAUAGAGUGCUUGCGUGAAAUAAUGUAAGUUGUGUAACCUACCAAGUCACCAACCGAUUUCAUUAAAUGGCCUUGGCCUUUCGAGCGAUUUAGAUACACGUGGAAAGAAAAAUUUGUACCAUUUACCUAUUUCAAAAUUGAUCGUCGCAGGUACCGUCUUUAAAGGCGCUUCUAUUUUUAAUAACCUUAUAACAUACAAAAACUAUCGGUUACAUUUAACCAAAUGAAAUAGCAUAACUGUCUAAAUGAAAAGUGUUACGAAAAUAUAGAUAGUGUCAUUAAGGUACGCCAUGUUUCCCGUAUUUUCACUUUAUUUAAUCUUUCUAAUUAUCUACAGACAUAUGCCUUUCGUGUAUCUUUCCAGUAUUUGAUCGAGUUUGGUAAUUUAAUCUACUUGCAUGUUUUUAUGUCCAGGCAGCAUACAAUCAAAAUUUUAG